GUCGCGCACGCGUAGUGAGUAGCUCUGUUUGUGCGGAUAAGCUGAAAAGGGGGGAAGGAAGAAGAACGAGACGGGGUGAAAAACGGGAUAAAUCGUGAAAGAGAGAGAAUCGUUAAAUCAAUUCACACACACGAAACAAUCUGGAAUAUUUCUAAAAGCAUAAAGAGAAACGCGAUGGCCGAACCGGAUAAGCUGAACAUCGACUCGAUCAUUCAGAGAUUGCUGGAAGUGAAAGGUUCCCGCCCUGGAAAGAACGUUCAGCUCACGGAGAAUGAGAUUCGCGGCCUCUGUCUGAAAUCCCGUGAGAUCUUCCUUAGCCAGCCAAUCCUGUUGGAGCUCGAGGCGCCACUCAAAAUCUGUGGGGAUGUUCAUGGGCAGUACUAUGAUCUCCUGCGUCUGUUCGAGUAUGGCGGGUUCCCCCCUGAGAGCAACUACCUGUUCCUGGGGGAUUACGUGGACCGAGGGAAGCAGUCCCUCGAAACCAUCUGCCUCCUGCUGGCCUACAAGGUGAAGUACCCCGAGAACUUCUUCCUGCUGCGCGGAAACCACGAGUGCGCCUCAAUAAACCGGAUCUAUGGCUUCUACGACGAGUGUAAGAGGCGGUACAACAUCAAGCUGUGGAAGACCUUCACAGACUGCUUCAACUGCCUGCCCGUUGCGGCCAUCGUGGACGAGAAGAUCUUCUGCUGCCACGGGGGCCUCUCUCCUGAUCUCCAGUCCAUGGAGCAGGUCCGACGGGUGAUGCGUCCCACUGACGUCCCGGAUCAAGGGCUCCUGUGUGACCUGCUGUGGGCUGACCCCGAUAAAGACGUCCUGGGCUGGGGGGAGAACGACCGGGGCGUCUCCUUCACGUUCGGGGCAGACGUUGUGGCCAAAUUCCUGCACAAGCACGACAUGGACCUGAUCUGCAGAGCGCAUCAGGUAGUGGAGGAUGGGUACGAGUUCUUUGCCAAGAGGCAGCUGGUCACUCUGUUCUCGGCUCCCAAUUACUGCGGGGAAUUUGAUAAUGCCGGCGCCAUGAUGAGUGUUGACGAGACCCUCAUGUGUUCAUUCCAGAUUCUCAAGCCCGCUGAUAAGAAGCUCUUCUCGUAUGGAGGGGGGGGGGUGGGCUCAGGGAGGCCGGUGACUCCGCCCAGAAAUUCUGCAAAAUCGAAACCCAAAAAAUAACCCCAACUCUCUCUGACCCACCAUACAACAAAACAAACUGGCAUAGCAACCAAGACCGCAAGGAGGCCGGGCCUGGGACCCCCCACAACCACCACCCCCCACUCAAGCCACUCUACUGAUUGGAUAAUGCUGAAUGCAUCACCACUAACCAAUCGGAGACUUUGGUAGCUGCUGUUGCCGGGUAGAAAACUUUCAAUUUUAUUUUUUUCCCCCUCCUUUCUCUUACCAAUCAGAAAUGCUCUUUUGUCAUUGUUGCUGGGUAGAAAAUGAAUUAAUCUGUUUCUGCCACCCCAAAAACACACCAAUUGAAGAGCUGCUAGCUGCUGUUGCCGGGUAGAAAACAUCAACUCUUAUUUUAUUUGAUUUGUAUUAAUUCCACUGAACCAAUCCAAGAGCUGCUCUCUGCUUUUGCUGGGUAGAAAAAAUCCAACCAAACCACCAAUAGCAGUGCAGGGAUGUCUUGAGCACCUCAGGUUUCAAAUACUGUAAAAAAAAAAGAGACAAAACAGGAUGUAAAGAAAAAAAAUCAACUUUUUUUAAAGCAUGGACGUUGUGAAUUAAGUAACUGCUGACAAAGUGCUUCAGUGAGAUUGUGUGCUAUUUACUCCUUUUUUUUUUUUUUUUUAAAGAUGUUUUGUCCCUAAUACGACUAAAAAAUAAAAUAAAACUUAAAACACAA